AGUGUGGGCCCUGAGGCCACACCAGCUCCCUUCCAGCACUUGGCCCUGAGGCCCUACCCUGACAGAAGGCUGAAAGGAACUAGCAGCUCCAGGCUGUGGCUUCCUUCCUCGUGGUCACGUGGGGCAGGCUGGCUCCUGUGCCCCGAGCCCGGGGGCCCACAGCUUCCUCUGCCAGCCCUGCCCAGAGCCAGGAACAAAGCAGCAGCAUGGGCACAGGGAGUCCGAUGCUCACGACCCUCCUCUUCUUGCUGGAUGUCGGAAAUGCUCAAGUGCUGACAGCAGGCAAGUCCGCGGGAACUGAAAUCGACUUCAAGUAUGCCAUCAUUGGGACCGCCGUGGGUGUGGCCAUCUCAGCUGCCUUCCUGGCCCUGAAGAUCUGUGUCAUCAGGAAACAACUGUUGGAGAGCGACUCCUCGGAUGGCAGAAGUGCACCCUUGGGCAGCAGUGACACGGCCGCAUGGAAGAAGAGGAGAACAGCGAGCUGUUGCUUCCUGUCUGUCCUGGGGAGAUGGCAGACACCUGGGGCUCCUGGCUGACUGUACUCCAGGAAUGGCAAGAACAAUUCUACAGCCUCCAUUAAAUGCACAAGUGAUUGAGUUGUGAGCAAGCAGCUGUCGGGAAGGAUACAGCAAUCUUGACACCUGCUCGUGGUCACCAUCGUCAGA